CGGAAGCGCCGCCCCGGCCCGCCCCCCCCCUCCGCCCGCUGCCUCCCUCUCUCUGUCCCCGCACGCCGCCCACCCGCACGCACACCCCAGCAGCCGCAGCAUGACCGACUGACACCGACGGACAGACGGACAGACGGAUUGACAGCCGGCUUGGGGCGAGCGGCCCCGGCCGCAUCGUUCUCCCGGCGAGCCAGCAGCAAGCGGGCGGGGAGGUGGCGGCGGUGGCCGCCGCAGGGGUCCCCAGCCCCCGCCGGUGGAGCCCGGCCAGAUUAGUGUAUUGGCUGCGAAGAAUUGCAAACGCUUCGUGCCCUGAUGGGGGACUCAGGAUCCAGACGAUCAACUCUAGUAUCUCGGUUGCCAAUAUUCAGGAGAAGUAUUAGCCGGAGACACGACUCCCUUCCUUCCUCACCUUCCUCUGCUAGUGCCGUGGGUGUCCACACCUCCUCCCCAUCCAGCACUAACUCCAGCUCAGGGAGCACAGGCAAGCGCCGGAGUAUUUUUCGGACUCCUUCUAUUAGCUUCCAUAACAGGAAGGGGAGUGAACAGAAGCCUGACUCCACCAGCCAAAAUGUUAACAUCUCAAAUGGUGCCCAGUCCUCCUCUCUCAGCACUUUUCAAAAACUGAGCCUAGACGAACACAUUAAAAGUAGAGGAAAGCAUUCAGUUGGGUUUGGCAGCUCACGUAGCAAGAAGAUAACAAGGUCUUUGACAGAUGAUUUUGAAAAGGGAAAGGAGCCCUCAGCUAAUAAGAAUGUCUUUAUAAAUUGUAUAAGCUCUGGGAAAAAUGAGGGCGAUGAUUCUGGCUUUGCAGAGGAGCAAAGCCGAUGCUCUGUCAAACAAUCCACACGGAAACUUCUCCCUAAAUCUUUCUCAUCGCACUACAAGUUUUCCAAACCAGUUCCGCAGAGUCAAUCCAUUUCCUCUGUGCAGCAGUCUGGAUGCGUGCUGGAGAUUAAAUCGUAUGUUGAAAGUGAACCGGUGAUUGCCAGGUCCUCUUCUCCCUGCUCGGCUGAGACGACGGAGUGCGUGGGAAGCACGUUGCAGUCCCCACUGCUCUCGGCCGACCUCACGGCUGCCCAGACGCCCUCAGACUUCAUAGCCUUGACAGAGGAUUCUGUUUCGGAGGUUGAUGCUCUGCCCAGCAGUGGGAAUGGAGUGCUGCUGGCAGAGGAUUUUGGCCACAAUGUCUCUACCUCUCAGAUCUUCUUUAAUCCUGCUGCUGGUCCGGUGAGGGGAACAGAUUACGUGGAAAGUACGUGCCAGUCUGCUGGUGGUGUAUCUCCUGUGAGCCGCACAAGCUUUUGUAGUGUUGAAUCUAAUACCUUAUUCAAAACCUCAGCUGCUAAUCAAACAAAAGUAUCAUUGCAAGCCAAUGAACUAUGUAUUACAGAUACCAGGCACAUAGGAGAAGUUAACUCAGCAAAGACAGAGUUAGAAACCUUUGGGUUACAGCACAGAGAAGAACCGGUGAUGCACUCUCCAAUGGCACAGGGGUUGAGUAGGGACCAAGAUGAAAGCACUCUAGCUAAGCACACAAAAGAAACAGUUCCUGUAAUGGAGUCUAAGAUUAUUCAAUGUUCUGAACCUCAGUCCCUUAAAACGCAACUGGGAUAUGAAACAAACCAUCCUAAAGUUGAUCUUGCCAAUAGCUUCAGUCCGUACCGAGAUGGCAGAUUUAUUGAGAAGCGACUGAGGUCCUCUUCAGAAGGUACUGCUGGAAGCAGUCGGCUGAUCAUAAAACCAAAGGAUGGAAAUUCAGAAGAGCUUAACAGCCUACGGAAGCAGAGAGCAAGCUCAUCUUCUUCAAAAAUGAACAGCAUGGAUGUUUUGAAUAACUUGGGUUCCUGUGAGUUGGAUGAAGAUGACCUAAUGCUUGACUUGGAGUUUGUAGAAGAACAACAUCACCAUCGUUCCGUUUGCCGGGAAGACUCAUACCAGUCAAUAGUCUCAUGUGCUGCUGUAGUACUUACCCCUGUAGAGACGACAGUGGAUACAAGCAAAAAAGAACGGACAAUAAUGCCUGAUGUGUCUAAACAGAACCUAUCUCUGAAGCUGUCAAAGGAGGUAGACCAAGGAGAAGCCAGGUACCCACGUGUUAGCCAGCUGGCUGGUAGCCCAUCCGUGGAGUGGCCUUUUACUGGUCUGGAAGAAGGCGGAGGCAUUGAAUCUUUGCCCUUCAGACUGAUGCUUCAAGAUUGCACAGCUGUAAAGACAUUGCUACUGAAAAUGAAGAGGGUUCUUCAGGAGAGUACAGACAUGAGUCCGGCUAGUAGCACCACCUCACUCCCUGUUAGCCCUCUUCCUGAGGAGCCAUUACUCUUCAAGGAUGGAAUUAAAGAUGAAUGUUCGGUGCUGAAGUUGCAGCUGAAGGAGAGAGACGAACUCAUAGCCCAACUUCGCGAGGAGUUGGAAAAGGCUCAGUGUUUGCAGAAGGCUUUUGUUUCCCAAGCAGAUAAAUCCACGCAGACAGAACUUGUAGGCCAUGAUGUUACAUAUCCAAACAGAAUGGUGAACCAAAAUCUCAGCACAAGGGACAGAAAGUCAGUACAUACUCCCACAGAGGACCCUUUUAGAUACUCAGGCAACCGAGCAACAACCUAUGAAAGCAAAAGCUGUCAGCUGUCUAAUUUGUGCCUGAGCAACCUCCUGAAAGAGAAGGAGAUAGUGGAAGUCAUCAAGCAUACUAGAGGCACAUACGAAACCCUCACUUCAGAGGUCACCCAGAACGGUUUGGCCACCAUGGCACCAAGCACAGCAAAGCCAGCAUCCAAGACAGACAGCUACCCACUCUUCUCAGGAGCUCCAAAAGACCAAACUGCUGUACCUCGGCAACAUACCACUUUCACAGGGAGACUUGGCCAGCCUCCAAGGGGACCCAUCUCUUUACACAUGUACAGCAGAAAAAAUGUUUUCCUCCACCACAAUUUGCACACAGCAGAGCUGCAGACUUUAGGUCAACAAGAUGGGUAACAGUGCAUUCUUGCCGUGGAAGGAGUGUCAACUGAAAGGAAACAUAAGCUCACCUACAGCUCAGUCUUAAGUUUUCAUCUGCUGCUACCUUUACAUGAAAAAAAAAAUAAAGUAAAAAUUAACAUUGUGUAUAGGUUUCAUACUUUCCCAUGUAGGACUGUAGCAUAUGGAUGAAUUAGAUUGUUAAAUAACUAGAUUGAUUUGUCACGCAAAAGUCGCUAUUGGUAGAAUAAAUGGGAUCAUUUGCCUGGCACUGAUAGUCCAAAAUUGGCUAAGUAUUUUUUUCUUUUGUCUUUAUAAGCCACCAACACAACCUGAAGUUCUAGAAGGUGAUCUUAAUACUAUGUAUGUUUAAUAAUUUUACUGUUAAAGUAGAUGUGAGGAAUGAAUAGGUACAUAAUUAGUAAAUCCACUUGAAAUUCAUAUGGACUAGGGAAACAGUCAGAAGUCUCUGAGGACCACCCUCUUCUUAAAACUACAAUAAAAUUUACUCACUUGUAGAGGUGUGUUACCACUUCUUGCUGUAUGUAUUUUACGAAUGCCUCAUGCCACAAGUAGAGGAAGUAACUGAUUUUCUUCCUCUAACAGGAAAUCAUAGAGGCUCACUGGAUAUUUGAAUCAGAAUAAUUGGAAUACAUUCUGAGGAUGGCAGCCUGAUUUCUUGAGUUUCCUUUCCUUCUCCCUGCCCUUUUCUGGCUAAAUUUGUUCUACUUUUUUGUUCUAUGGAGACAUGUCACAUUGUGGUGAUGAUUGUGCUCUGCAGACACUGUCGCUCAUGACACAAUUUGACAGUCUAUGUAUAUAAAAUGCAUCAUAUAAUUUCAUUUCACUUGCCAAAACAAAAACAAAAAAAAAUCGAUCAAACAAAAGGUGAAAGACUAAAUUAAGAGAAAUUGUCUUAUUACCCAGUCCAAAUUAUCUGUGUAAAUUGUGAUAUUUGUAGACCAUAUCUGCACUUAAUGACCUAGUUUAUACCAACUCAGCAGGUUUGCUCAUCUUAAUAUAUUACAUGCAAGUGAGAUGAAUCUAAUGCUACCUGACAUGCAGCAUGCUGGUCUCAAGGGAAUGUAAAUUCAUCUGAUCAUGCUACGGAACCUGAAGACUUUUCAAUACCAGAAGAUCCUGUUUUCCCCUUUCAUAGGGAUUGAAAACAGGCAUCUCAAACAAGAUGUUCUAAACAUGUGGCAUUUACUAAACUUGACACUUAGUUUGCAACCUCCAGCAGGUAAUCUGUUUAAAUGAUAUUAGCAUGUAUAGUUAGCUGCUUUUAAGUAAUCCGGCACGUUCAAGUAUGAUAGAGGCAGAUCAGAUAAAAGUCACCUCUGUCUUUAACUGGCGAUGAAUAAUGAAAGGCAAGAGUAUGGCACAUUCCCACACAAAGAAACAAACUAGUGUGACAACUGAAGUAGCAUACAAUGAAAAAUGGAGCUUCUGUAACCACUAAUAAUGCUGUAACUUUUAAAGGUAAAUCCCAUAGGGCAUAUAAAAUGAAUUAACAGCAUAGAUUUUAACUAGUUUUACAAACAUCUGCUUAACUACUUAAUAUUCAGAUGAAUACAACAAUUGGUUAGAUUAAGAAACAAUUAGAUUAUGAACUUGGCAGAUUCUCUGCAAAGCCAUUUUAGCAGUCUGAACUUUCGGGACUAUAUUUAUUGAUUUUAAUUUGGUUAGAGUAAAUUUGAUGACAUCAUCUGAUGUUGAAGAGAGCAGGUUUUGUCUACAUAUGAUAUGGGGGUAAUUUUGGGUGUCCAUACAAAUCAAUAUAAACAUUUGCCAAAAGUGUUCAUGUUUUUAUACAUGUGGGUGUGUGUUGCUACUGCCAAAACUUUAAAAAGAAUAAAAUAAAAAUAAAAUGCAAAAACAGUUUGAUCAAAUGAACUAUGGGUAUACAAGACUCCCAGGCCUGCACUGAAACUCAUAGUUUAAAUUCUACCAAAAAAAAA